GUUCAAGCAGUCAAUACCAACAUUUCAUUCGCUUGCUCCUACUCCUCCUCCUCCUCCUCUUCAAGUCCUUCAGCUCAAGCUUUUCUCCAAUCAAUAUGAAGAUCCUCACACUUGCAAGCACCCUUCUCCUGGCCGGUUCAGCAGUCGCUGCUCCCAACACCGCCAAACGUUUCGCAGGCCACGCAAAGCGUGCAGCCAAUUCCCGAACACAGGGGAAACCAAUCAAUCGUGUUUCCUCCGGCCCGGAGGCUGAGAGCAGCAACAACACCUUCGUAGAAUACAGCUCCAACUGGGCUGGCGCAGUUCUCAUCGGCAGUGGCUACAAGAGCGUCACCGGAACCUUUACCGUCCCAACUCCCUCCACCACCGGCUCCGGUGCCGCCUGGGUGGGUAUUGACGGCGACACUUGCGGGACAGCGAUCCUGCAAACUGGUAUUGACUGGACGAAGUCCGGGAGCUCUGUCACCUACGAUGCCUGGUAUGAAUGGUAUCCCGAUUACUCGUACGACUUCUCUGGCAUCACGCUCGCAGCCGGAAAUACCAUCAAAGUCACAGUCACGGCAUCCAGCUUGACAGGUGGAACGGCCACCGUCACCAACGUCUCCACCGGGAAGACUGUCACCCACACCUUCAGCAACGAGGGUUCGUUGGGAAGCCUCUGCGAGACCAAUGCUGAGUGGAUUGUUGAGGAUUAUGAGUCGGGCAGUUCGUUGGUUCCCUUCGCUGACUUCGGAUCUGUCACCUUUACUAGUUGCUCUGCGCUCGAGGGGACGACUACUGUUGGCACGACUGGGGCUACCAUCAUCGAUAUCAAGCAGAACAAUCAGGUAUUGACUGAUUGCUCUGUCCCCAGCUCUUCUUCAGUUCAAUGCACUUAUGUCUAAGUCAUGAUUUGAGCUGGGUGGAUGGAGGAGUCUUUGGAGGGAAUGAGAAAGGACCACGAGGUGGACCGAGGAGCAAUAUCAUCAGCAGGAGUCUAUGUGGCAUUUUCACUUCAAAGUAUCUAGCUCUUUUGAGGAACAAAAUUGGAACUUUCGCAUCUAACUGCA